AGGAGACGCCAUUAGAGGGAGGCGGAGGGGGAUCGCUCUUCGCCGUUCGUCGGGUUCCUGACGUGGUGGCUGGGGCCCUUCAUUCUCGGACUUUCCCUCGGCCUUUCCAGGCUUCGCCCGGAGGCGGGAGUGGAGACGGCGCCCGGAGCCGACAGCUUCGGUGCGGAGGGGCUGCGCCGGCCGCGGCUGUGAAGGCGCUGCGGCGGCUGUGGAGAGCUCGGCGCUGCUCUAGGGCUCCGGCGGCGGGGACGCGACGGGAUGGCUGCGGCCGGCGGCGGCGGGGCGGCGGCCGGGCGAGCCUACUCGUUCAAGGUGGUGCUGCUGGGGGAAGGCUGCGUGGGAAAGACGUCGCUGGUGCUGCGCUACUGCGAGAACAAGUUCAACGACAAGCACAUCACCACUCUGCAGGCAUCAUUCUUAACAAAGAAGUUAAAUAUUGGUGGGAAAAGAGUAAAUCUUGCUAUAUGGGAUACAGCAGGUCAAGAGAGAUUCCAUGCAUUGGGUCCAAUUUACUACAGAGAUUCAAAUGGAGCUAUUUUAGUUUAUGAUAUAACAGAUGAAGAUUCGUUUCAGAAGGUUAAAAACUGGGUCAAAGAAUUACGGAAAAUGUUGGGAAAUGAAAUCUGUUUAUGUAUAGUUGGUAAUAAAAUAGACUUGGAGAAGGAGAGACAUGUUUCCAUUCAAGAAGCAGAAUCGUAUGCAGAAUCUGUGGGAGCAAAACAUUAUCAUACUUCAGCCAAACAGAACAAAGGAAUUGAGGAACUUUUUCUUGACCUUUGUAAAAGGAUGAUAGAAACAGCACAAGUGGAUGAAAGGGCAAAAGGCAAUGGCUCCAGUCAACCAGGAGCUGCAAGGCGAGGUGUACAAAUUAUUGAUGAUGAACCUCAAGCCCAGAGCAGUGGCGGAGGGUGCUGUUCUUCUGGAUAACUGUUCACCCCUAAGGAAUAAAAAAACAAAUAAACUGUGGAUCCUUGCCCUCAACACAAAGACUGCCAUAUUCCAAGUCACAUUAUUUUACCAAUGGAAUUAGAGAGUUAACAGUAUUUUAAAUUACGUUUAUAACACUGCAGAGACCUUAAGUGCUAAACUUAGUGGGGUUCGUGACCAGAGAAUUGGCAUUUUCUACACAUGUUAACAAAGCAAUUACCAAUGGCCUUUUUACAUAUUUUUUUUCUUUAACAAGGAGUAAUAUGCAUGUAGAAAAGACCUACUUAAAGGCUUCAUUUAUAUUCUUUUAAAUCAAAUCUUUAUUUAAUAACUUAUAUAUGUUGUUGGAAUGGUAUACAUUUUUGCAGUCCUUUGUAUUUUGUGGUAGUUUGAAUUGUAUCACUUCUAAACAGCAAACUGUUUUUGUUUUCUUUUUUUUUAAAUUGGCAGAUACCUGAAGUACUAUUUUUGCAGGGUUUGCACAGGCCCCUAACUGUCUACUACACUUUGAUAUAAUCUAUAUUCAUCCUGUAUGCUGAGCUGAUAAAAUACAUUGUAAAUUACAUAUUAAAUAUUUUAUCUGCUUUUACAAGCGCAAGGUGCAAAAAUA